UAAAAUUUAUCCUUUAGGGUGCAAUUGAAAUGUUAAAAAUAUAUGGAAAUCCGGAAGUUAUACCACUUAUAUGUAAUCAAACACAGACCCAACAUCAAACGUCUGAUGAUUUAGAUAUUUUUUCGGGUGAUGACGAUACUUUACUUGAUAAUAAUAUCAUAAUUCAUGGGGAUGAUAUUCCACUAUUUUUCGAUGCUACAGAUGAUGAUUUUGAUAGCCAAGGAUUGAACCCGCCACCGAUGCCGCCACCGCCUGAUAAAAUGUAUCGUAUGGGUAUGAAAGGUGAAAAGGGUGAACGUGGUCUUAAAGGACCACCGGGUGAUAGUAUACGAGGGCCACCAGGUCCACCUGGUCCACCGGGACCAAAAGGUGAACCUGGUCCUUAUCCACCGUAUGUAGAUGUAGGAAAUUCAAAUAAUGGGGGAUCGGCAAAAUGUGGAUGCAAUGCAACGACGCUUUUAGAAUUAAUUAAAGAAAAUGAAUCCGUCAGAGAAACAAUACGAGGGCCACCUGGUUUACCGGGUAAAGAAGGAAAAACUGGUGCUCCUGGACUCACGGGUGCCACUGGGGUUUCAGGUGAACGCGGUGCCCCCGGUCCUAAAGGUGACCGCGGCGAAAGGGGCGAUCCUGGACCUCGUGGACCUGAGGGUUUACAAGGAAAUAAAGGUGAACCAGGUUUAGAUGGAACACCUGGUGUACCAGGACCAGCUGGUCCACCGGGUCCGCCUGGUUUACCUGAAAAUCUAGAUGAAUCACUUAUGUUAGGUAAUGUUGGAACAUUAGGACGUGGUGGAUCACCUGGUCCAAAAGGUGAUCAAGGUGAAAAAGGUUCAACGGGUAGACAAGGUGAACGAGGUAUAUUAGGACAGAAAGGUGAACGUGGUGACCCAGGAAUGACAGGUGCCAAAGGUGAUCGGGGGCAUCCAGGAAAUCAUGGAUUAUCUGGUGCAAAAGGUGAGCCUGGUGCACCUGGUUUUCCAGGAUUAGCUGGUGCACCGGGUGCGCCUGGAAUUAAAGGUGAUCGAGGAUUUCCAGGUGAAAUUGGUCCAGUUGGACCACCUGGGCCACCAGGAACUGUGAUAUAUUCUGAUCCAAAAACAAAUAUAACUGAAUGUCAAUGUCAACCGGGCCCACCUGGACCAAUUGGUCCAAGAGGGCCGGCUGGGUUUGAUGGUGAACCUGGAACAUCUGGUUUAACUGGUAUGCCAGGUGUUAAAGGUGAAAAAGGUGAAAAGGGACCACGAGGAGUAGCUGGUCCAAAAGGUGAUAGAGGUCCUGAAGGUCCACCUGGACAACCGUUUUUCUCGGCUGAUAUGGCUGUUAAUGGAACAAAAGGCGACAAAGGAGAAAAAGGAAUGCGUGGAAGAAGAGGGAAACCUGGUUCACCAGGUCCAAUUGGGCCACCUGGAAAACCGGGCCCACCUGGUGAAGCUGGAACUGGUUAUUCUGGAAGACCUGGAAUACCUGGACCUAAAGGUGAAAUGGGACAAAAAGGCCAAAAAGGAGAUUCAGCAAUAAAAGAGGGAAUUAAAGGAGAAAAAGGUGAAAGAGGACAAGAUGGUAGAGAUGGUCAACCAGGACCUCCAGGUCUUCCAGCUGCUUCAGGUGAUGGAGUUCAAUAUGUUCCAUUGCCAGGACCACCAGGACCACCAGGUCCACCAGGAACACCAGGUACUCCGGGUAUAAGUAUAACUGGUCCAAAAGGUGAACCAGGUAUGGAAGCAAGAAGUUAUUUCGGAGAUCCAGCAUAUUAUGGAAAACCAGGUGGCCGUUCUCCUCUAGAUGAAUUAAAAGCAAUUAGAGAACUACAAAAUCUAAAGGACUUGCCGGAAAAUUCUUCUGGACCUCCAGGACCACCGGGACCACCAGGCGCUUCAUACAAAUCAAAUCAACAAGAAGAGCCAUUUAUUGCAGCUUCAAGUAUGCGGAUUGUACCAGGAGCGGUAACAUUCCAAAAUACCGAAACAAUGACAAAGAAUUCAGCAUUAAGUCCUGUCGGUACGAUAGCGUAUAUAAUUGAAGAGGAAGCACUCUUAGUGAGAGUUAACAAAGGAUGGCAAUACAUAGCGCUUGGAAGUUUAUUACCAAUAGCGACACCAGCACCACCAACAACUGUAGCACCAACACCUAGACCACCUGAUUUACAAUCAUCAAAUUUAUUAAAUAAUGUACCACAGCCGGUCGAAGGGCCUAAUUUCACAGUAUCUCCAGAAUAUGAAACGUGGUAUCCACGAAUGUUAAGAAUGGCAGCAUUAAAUGAACCGUACUAUGGAGAUUUACAAGGAAUUAGAGGAGCUGAUUUUGCAUGUUAUAGACAAGCAAGAAGAGCUGGUCUUUUAGGCACCUUUAAAGCAUUCCUAACUUCAAGAGUACAAAACUUAGAUUCAAUUGUACGUACAGGAGAUCGUGAACUUCCAGUAGUUAAUACAAGGGGAGAUGUUUUAUUCAAUUCUUGGAAAGCAAUAUUUAAUGGACAAGGUGGAUUCUUUUCACAAGCUCCAAGAAUUUAUAGUUUCAGUGGGAAGAAUGUUAUACAAGAUAGUUCAUGGCCACAAAAAAUUGUCUGGCAUGGUUCUAUGCCAAAUGGUGAACGUGCUAUGGACACAUAUUGUGAUGCUUGGCAUUCAUCUAGUCCGGAUAAAUAUGGUUUAGCUAGUAGUUUAUCUGGUAAUAAUAUAUUAGAUCAAGAAAGAUAUUCGUGUGAUAACAGAUUUAUUGUGCUGUGUAUAGAAGCUUUAUCACAAGAUAGAAGAAGAAAACGAGAUUUAGAAUAUCGCACAAGAGAUUUCACGACAGCACAUGAAUAUGCCAAACACUUGCAGGAAGUUUUAACUUGAAAUUCUUUUUCUAGGACAAACAAAAUAUAUAAAAUAUAAUUUUAGGUUAUUUAUAUAAGAAAAAAAUGAACUAUUAAAAAAAACUAUUAUUAAAUAAAUAAAUAAAAAAAAAUUAAAAAAAAAAUCAAAUUAAAAAAAAUUUAGUAAACAUCAAAUUUAAAAAAAAAAAAAAAUUUUUUUUUAUUCAACAUCAAAAUUAAAUUAAAAAAAAACAAAAAAAACCAUUGUAACAAAUACCAAAAAUUAAAAAAAAAAAUAAUAAAAUUGCAUAAAUUAUAAAAAAAAAUUAAACACAAAAUCACAAAAAUCUCACAAUUACAUUUACACACAAUUUACAUGACAUAAUAGAGAAAAAAAUCAGAGAAAUUGUAAAAAAAAAAAAAUCAUUGUAAAACUUUGAUAACCAAGUAGAAAUAUUGUAACUAGUUUAAUGUAAUGAUGACAGUAAUGAAGAACCACUGAAAAUAAUAGGGUCAGCCCUAUUAAUUUUCUUAAUAUUGUAAUUUUCCACAAGUAAUAAUUAUUGUAAUUAUGUUAAGCCCUGCAGUAUAGUGUUUGAAUUUCAUAUAAAUUUUGAGUUCUUUUCGAAAUUAAUUCACAAUGUUUUAUUAAUUUUGUAACCUUAGCUUAUGUUCAAGUAAAGUAUGCAAUUUAAAACUUUGAAAGCUAUUGUCAAAAAAAAAAUUAUCAUAAUUUUUUCAUAUUUUAUAUUAUAUUAAUUAAAUAUUAUGAAUGAAAUUUCUCACUAAUUUAAUUAAAAUUCAAAAUGUUAAAUGAAAAAUUUUAAUUUAUAUUGAAAUUAUAUGUAAAUAAUGCGAAAUUAUUAUUUAAAUUUAAUUUUUUUUUAAUUAUUAAUACUAAAACAUUUAAUUUUAAUGAGUAAUUAAUCACUUAUUCAUGUUCUACUUUGUAAAAUAUCGCACAUUACAUAAUUAUAUUGAACCCUCAUUAUUUUUUUAACGCAAUAAUUUGUCAUCUAAAUUCAAUAUUUAAAUUAAUUAAGAACUAAAAUUAUAUAAGAGUUCUUAAUAUACCCUGGUAUUAAGUAAUAAUAAAAAUGUAUAAUUAUUUUUUUUCCUUACAUUUAAAAAAUUUACAGAAAAUUAAGACUUGUUCGCUAAUCAAUGUCAUACAUUCCAGUUGCAGACUCUGCAUUUGUAUAAGAAAAUUUAAAAAUUUAAUUUAAAAUUGGAAGAAAUUCUUUAAUUAUUUCAAAACCCCCUUAAAAAUGCAUUUAACAUCUCCCUAUUUUUUAAUAAUUUCAAUUAAUAUUUUCUAGUAACGUAAUUGAAAUUUAAACUUACACAUUAGUUCUGAGUUUCCGAAACAAUUCCUUUUUUUUUCAUCUAAUUUUACCAAAAUGAGUAGGAAGAUUUUCUCAUUUAAAUUAGCAUAAUCGAAAUUGCUAUCGUAUUGUCAUCAAACUAGUUACAAAUACAAAAUAACAAUAAUAAUUGUAAGAUAAAUAGAAAAAUCCAUUAAAUUGUAAAAAAUCUUCCCAAAAACAAAAAUAAUAUGGAAAAUUUUUAAUUUUAAUUCAUUUUUAUUAUUUAUUUAUUAAAAAAAAAAUUAUUAGUU